CACCAAGCAAAUAUCAGAAUCAUUUAAUCGAAGUCACCACUCCGUGCGUACCAAAUCCUUGCUACGAAGACGAAGUUUGUAUAGUGAUUCACACCUGUUUAUUUGGACGCGGAUGUUUACCGUAUUCUUGCGUUCCAGGAUGCCGAAUGGGGCAAAGAUCCAAUCUAGUUGUGGCUAGAGGGACCUACGUGCAGUUACCUAUGACUCCCGACGUUUAUAAUAUUGUCUGUUAUAAAGUUUGUUAUUGUAACUUCAAAGGCGAGUUAGUAGAUUGUAUAAAAGCACCCUGCGGAAACAACGACAACUGUUGGAACGGCGGAAAGAAAAUCGCUCACAACACUAGGAUUCAAAAAGGCUGCAAUAUUUGUUUCUGUUAUGCCGGAACGUUAACCUGUACGCAGGAAAAAUGCCAUUCUUCGGGACGGGAUCUGGAAAAAGCUCUACCGUGUAAUUGUCCGGACCAUUACGUUCCCGUCUGCGGUAGUAAUGGAAAAACUUACCCCAGCGCAUGUGUAGCCAGAUGCGAUUCGUUAACCGACGACCGGUUCGAAUUCGGAGCGUGUUUCGAUUCGGAUCCCUGUAGUCCUAAUUCGUGCAGCCCGCAACAAAG